AUGGCUUUUCUCAAGCUGUCUCUAGUGUUCUGCUCUAUUCUUACUUUUCUGAGCUUGAACUGUGGUCCAUCUCAUGUAUUUGCCAAGGUUUAUAUGGUGGUGAUGGAGGAUGACCCAGUCAUUUCUUACAAAGUGAACCGCAAGCAUGUAGUGAGAGGCGAGGAAGCUCAGAAGUACAAACGGGUGGCCACAACAAAGCAUGACAGCUUCCUGGACUCAUUUCUCCCAGUGGGAUCUUACAAGAAACUAUACAGUUACACUCACUUGAUUAAUGGAUUUGCUCUCCAUGCUGAAUCUGAGAAGUUAGUUAGAAUUCUUAGUGGUGCAAAAGGAGUUAGACUUAUCCAAGAAGACAUCAAAAUGGCCAAGAUGACCACACAUACACCAAGUUACAUUGGAGCUAGUGCAGUCUGGCCGCUCCUGGGUGGUGCUGAGAAUUCCGGUGAUGGGGUGGUGAUUGGCAUGAUUGAUACCGGGAUUGACCCUAAGAACCCAAGCUUUGCUAUCAGUAACACGUCAAGCCAAGCGAAACCACCACCGGCUAGUUUCAAAGGAAUAUGUCGUACUGGGAACAGAUUUCCUCCAGAUUCAUGCAGUGGUAAGAUAGUGGGAGCUAGGUGGUUUGCACGUGCUGCCCAAGCCACUGGGGAGUUCAAUGCUACAAUUCACUAUGAAUCUCCUUAUGAUCCAGAUGGUCAUGGCAGCCACACCGCAUCGAUUGCAGCUGGGAAUUUCCAUACGCCACUAGUAUCCAGAGGCUACAACUUUGGGUAUGCAAGCGGCAUGGCCCCUGGAGCUCGUCUUGCAAUCUACAAAGCUGCCUAUCCUUUCGGUGGAUACAUGUCAGAUGUGAUUGCUGCAGUCGACCAGGCAGUAGAGGAUGGGGUUAAUGUUAUAAGUCUUUCUAUGGCUCCUUCUUCAGUUUCACCUGGGCCAGCAUCUUUCCUCAAUUUGCUUGAGGCACAACUGCUCCUUGCCACAAAGGCUGGAGUGUCAGUUGUUCAGGCCGUUGGCAAUGCAGGACCCGAUGCAAACACAGUCGUCUCUUUCAGCCCAUGGAUAUUAAGUGUUGCUGCUUCAACGACAGACCGUAAGUAUAGAAAAUCAAUCAUAAUUGGCAAUGGGAAAGUAUUUUCUUGCGGCGCCCUUUCAGCUCCAACACCAGGUGAAACAAUGUACCCACUAGCAUGGGCUGAUGAUGUCAUCAAUGAGAAUUCAUCUGAUGGGUCUGUCAAUUGCCAAGAUCCAAAGAUCUUCAUCAGACCUCUUGUCCAGGGAAAGGUGAUUAUUUGCAUGUUCGACUCAUCAAGCUACUAUGAAGACGACCCCGACCUUGCUGGUGUCAUCGCUACGAUUGAGAGAAUUGGAGCUGCUGGAGUCAUCGUCACCGAUCGUUCUUCGGGGGUCAACAGAAAUGUAACAUAUGAUUUCACCACCAAGCCCCAAUCAAGCCAAAAAAUAAGGCAAUGUCAAUGUACAAAUUACAAUCAUUAG